ACACAUCGUUGGAGGUUUUACUUCCGCUCUGUCCGCCAUCCAGCAGGAACAAUAUAUACAUCUCAAAAGCAAAGCUGUGGGACCGAUUGAGAGGACUGCAGGGAUGCAGAGGCACAGCUAGCCGGUGAAGGGAUCCAGAGGUAAUAUUGUCAGACUCAGCAGCAAAUUUAACAUCUCAUCGAUGAAGAUAUUGAAUGGGAUGGGUGACCAUGGACAGCUGAAGCCUUAGUCCCCUUUGUAGAGACGGUGGGACAUUCAACACAUGUGACGGCUGCUGAAGAUGUCCGAUAGUAUUGAUGCUGAAGAGAAACCACCAGCUCCUCCCUUGAGAAUGAACAGUAAUAAUCGUGAUUCAUCUUCCCUUAACCACGGCUCGAAGCCACUUCCAUUGGUUCCUGAGGAAAAGAACAAGAAAGCCAGACUGCGUUCGAUCUUCCCAGGAGCAGGCGACAAGACAAACAAGAAGAAAGAAAAAGAACGCCCAGAGAUCUCUCUUCCUUCGGAUUUUGAGCACACAAUUCAUGUGGGAUUCGAUGCAGUUACAGGGGAAUUUACAGGCAUUCCUGAGCAAUGGGCAAGACUUCUACAGACAUCCAACAUUACUAAACUGGAGCAAAAGAAAAACCCUCAGGCUGUCCUUGAUGUCCUGAAAUUCUAUGAUUCGAAAGAGACUGUCAAUAAUCAGAAAUACAUGAGUUUCACUUCUGGAGAUAUUCAUACUGCUCCCAGGCUUCCCUCUGUGCCACUCUUUUACCAACCAGUAAGAGCAGUCUAUUCACUGAUGGUACCCCUUCUAAAGCAGUACAAGUGCACAGAGAUAACUGAUAAACCAGCUGAUGGAUACGUAGCAGCAAAUGCUCUGAGCACAAAGAUUGCAUCAGAACCACCAAUUGUACCACCCGUGUCAGAGGACGAUGAUGAAGAUGAUGAUGAUGAUGAUGAUGACAACAUGCCACCACCAGUGAUAGCACCACGACCAGAACACACCAAAUCGAUUUUUACCCGAUCAGUGAUUGAGCCCAUUGUGCCAGUGGCCCCUGUUAAAGAUGUUACGACUUCUCCAGUCACAACACCACCUGGAAACAUCACCACCAGCCUGAACAGCCAGCUUUGCAGAAAUACUGACAAGCAAAGGAAGAAAUCCAAGAUGACAGACGAAGAGAUCCUUGAAAAACUAAGAAGCAUUGUAAGCGUGGGUGAUCCCAAAAAGAAGUACACAAGAUUUGAAAAGAUUGGGCAGGGAGCAUCAGGCACUGUAUACACUGCAAUAGACAUUGCCACUGGGCAAGAGGUGGCAAUCAAGCAGAUGAACCUACAGCAACAGCCCAAGAAGGAGCUGAUUAUAAAUGAAAUCCUUGUCAUGAGGGAAAAUAAGAAUGCAAAUAUAGUGAACUAUUUAGACAGUUACCUUGUAGGGGAUGAACUCUGGGUAGUAAUGGAAUACCUGGCUGGAGGUUCUUUGACGGAUGUAGUCACAGAGACCUGUAUGGAUGAAGGUCAGAUAGCAGCAGUGUGCCGGGAGUGUUUACAAGCCCUGGAAUUCCUUCACUCCAAUCAAGUUAUCCACAGAGAUAUCAAGAGUGACAACAUACUGCUGGGAAUGGAUGGAUCAGUUAAGUUAACUGAUUUUGGAUUCUGUGCUCAGAUCACCCCCGAACAGAACAAACGGAGCACAAUGGUGGGGACGCCGUACUGGAUGGCACCAGAAGUAGUAACUCGGAAGGCCUAUGGUCCGAAAGUGGACAUAUGGUCAUUAGGCAUUAUGGCAAUUGAAAUGAUUGAAGGAGAACCGCCUUAUCUAAAUGAAAACCCUCUCAGGGCCUUGUAUUUGAUUGCUACCAAUGGGACUCCAGAACUGCAGAACCCAGAGAAACUCUCAGGAGUCUUCAGGGACUUCCUCAAUCGCUGCUUGGAGAUGGACGUGGAGCGACGGGGCUCAGCCAAGGAGCUUCUACAGCAUCCAUUUUUGAAAUUUGCAAAGCCACUGUCAAGCCUCACACCUCUGAUAAUUGCAGCUAAGGAGGCAGUUAAGAACAACCGUUAGAGCAAGGGAUGGAUUCCAUCAACACCCCUCUCUCCCUCCUGCCUUCAAAGAGGGGCUAACCAGAGCUGGACAGUGUGUCACCUGGAGAAACCUCGAGCUCUUUCCGCUUCAGGACAGAGAAAGCUAGCACAGCGAUGGGGUACUACAAUGCUGUCUCUUAUCUUAACACCUUGUCCCAUCUGAAGUCUUGAUUUUGAAAACCCAUAUUGAAAUGGCAUUGUGGUGUUUUUCUUUAUUUUUUCACUUUUUCUUCUCCUGACAUAAAUUUUCAAUUUUGUUUUACAAGCGUUUGGCCAUUUUGAGGGUCUAAGUAGAGACUUGACACAUUUGUAACAUAUCAAGGCUUAAUAACCAGGCUGUAAACUAGCAAUCGAGUGAAGCCUUUUGGAAAAAUCUGUUUUGACGAACAAAAACAAUUCUUCAGGCAUUGCCCGUGAUUGUGAAGUAAAUGUCUGGGUAUUUUAAUGUUCCAGUGGGUACUAAACCAUGCCAUGCUUCCAAAAGAGAUGCUCUGUCAGACUAAAAAAAAAGAGGCCUUAAGUUCUUUGGUAUUGCUUUAUAACACACUCACGUUCCGUGACAAAUGAAGUUUUCAUUAUUUUGUGUAAAUAUUUUUUAACAGGUUUCAAGUCUUUCUCUUAAUAUUCCUUUAGUAUAUUCUCUUAAUAUUUAUUGGUAAGGGAGCUGGUACUAUUGGGUUUUAUGUUGGAUAUUGUGAUAUUUUUGUUUCCCAAUCAACUGCAGUAUUCUGGAAAGGUUCCAUUUUUUGUUUUAUUGAUAGAAAGCUGUUCACGAAGCACAGGCUCAAAGAUGGUGUGGAUUGUAGAAAUUAUGGAAACCAUUCCUAGCAAAGGGGCAAUCCAUGUGCCCUGACACAAUCACUGUAACAAGGCUAGGAUCCCAAAUGUUGGUUGUGUUAUCCAAAUGGAGAAAGGCCAAAUCCUUUGUUUUUGAUUUUUGUUUCAGUGAUGGACUUCAUUUUGCAAAGAAUCUUAAAAGUUGAUGUAGAAGUAUUUUAUGUCUUUGUGUGCGCAUGUAUGUCCGUAUGAGUGUGUUCAUAUACAGUUUGUUUUUUCCUCCAUUUUCUAAGUUAUUUUUCCCAGGAAACCAGAUAUCUAAUAAUGAAACAACAAAUUGAAAUCAGCCGUAAGGUAGUCAAACACAUUUUCUGCUCAGAUCCCACCACAUGCCAAAAGGCAUGUACAACUUUCUAUUGAUUGCUUGAUUCAGAUUUGACAAGCAAAGCUCCAUGACUUGCUGUAUCCAAAUUGUGGUGAAAAGCUAGAAUCUGAUUUUUUUUUUCUUAAGUUCACUCUCAGGAUGUGUGUGUUACUGGACAGGAGCACUUCCAUCAUAUUAACUUUAAAAUCUGGCUCAUUUCUGUCAGAAAACACCUCUUUCAUGUUCAUUUCAAUAUUAAAAUGAUUUCCCAAGCCUUUGUGAAUUAUUUACAGACACUUCAGUUUACAUUUUGCACUGAGUGGCUAUGUCGUUUUAAUCUCCUCCUGUUUUCUCAUGAGCUGAUAUGUUCAAGGAAAAAGAUUAGUACUGUGGGGCAUUGAAAAUGAAAGUAUACCUGCCUAACCCCCCCAUGUAACAUGCAGUUUCUGAUCCCACACAGUCCAUUUGGCGGAUGUCUGUCCCACAGUGAGGUCUUGCAGUAUUGUGAAUCCUCAUGACCUUUGGAUCACUGGACUGAUGGGAGACUCCUUUUACAGGACUUUAAAGGAGAAAUAUUAUCAUACAUACCUGAAAUGGAGUAAAAGGUGUUUCCAUUGGUUUGAAAAACAGACCAAAGACAUUCAUGCUAACAUUUGGGAAAUAACCAUACACUGUGGAGAUUUUUUUUGUCACGUAAAACCCCAUUUUCAUUGUUAAUGGAUGAAUAGAGGGUUCCAGUGAAGAGCCUUGUCUCUUGAAACAUCCAGUGUUUUACAGCUGACUACCUUACAAACAAAAUUUAAACAUGCGUAAUAUUAUGUAGAAUUGAUCUAGGUGGAAUAAGCAGCACAAUAUCUCUUACAGCUCAAAAGUUAGGGACUGUGCUUUUCUUAAUUAAAGCAGUGAGGAGGACAGUGCAGGCCUUCCUCGCUCCCCCUGAUGUAAUCACUCUUUUAUUUCGGUGAAAUAAUUUGGUGCUGUUACUGGUGACAUUUUCCAAGCAUUACCCCCAGUCCAUUCCAAGACACCCCACUAGCCAACAGCCGUAGCUUAAGUAUAUCAUGAUUUAAUGAUUACCAAACAUUGUCGCACAUGCCUUCAUCAGUGCAAGAGUUAGAUUAACUUGUUAAAUAAGUCAGAGGAGUGACUUUGGUUUUGUUCUUCUGUGGUAUCUUGAUGACUAGUGAUAAGGGUUGCUGCCUUGAAGUCUGAAAUGAGGUAGAAAAUUGAAUAUACCCACCGUGACCCAAGGUAUUGGUGAUAGUGUGAACAUGUGCUGAGGGCAUCCUUGUAACAUAUACAUACAUUUGUCACACAGAAUAUGCAAAUCUUAACAUAUUGAGCUUAUCCAUCAAUGUUUCUAAUUAAUUUCUAAGUUAGAGACCCUAAGACACGUUGAGACAAGGAAGGAGGAAGAAGUUGUUUCAUUACUUUUAUGUUGUAGUUAGAAAUUGAGGAAAUCAAACAUUUUUUUUAAAUAAACUCUCAUGAACUGUUUUUCAAAACAUUCUGUGGAAUCCUUCGCACAAGCUUCAGAAAAUCAUUUUAAUCAUUUUUGUUAAAUUCAUAAAUUGGAGUAUUUCUGAGAAAGCUGUCAAUCAGUAAGAGUCUGAGAUGUUCCAUAUUAUCUAUGCUAAGGUAUUGAGAAUCUGGGAUCUUGUCAGAGAUUCUAGUAUGAAAGCAUUAAAACUCAGCGAUUCCAAAUAAACAACGUGAAACAAUCCUAGCCAAAAGUGAGGAUUUUCCUUUUCAUGUUUUAGCCUAUAAAAUUUCAAUGGGAGGUCGCAGCAAUUCUUCACUUUUUAAUUUUGAUAUUUUCCCUCCCUUACAAAAGACUUAUUUUGAUUUCUACUGUUUUUAACAAAAGCAACAGAAUGCUGCAUUACGAUUAAAAUUUUGAACAAUUUUUCUUCUGAAAAACAGUUUCCCUUUCUUUAAAAAAAAUUAAGUUCCGCACUGAUGUAGUAUGUAUCCGUGCAGCAUAUGGUUCAGUCACCAGUCUGUGCUAAAUUAGCUGAUCAUAGUAUAGAUGCUAUAAUUAACAACAGCACUUGUCUUUUGGGGCUAUGGAGUGGGUGAGGGAUAAAAAGCAGCCAAGUUUCCUGCUGCUGCUGAUUGUUGUUGCCUGCUGGAAAGAAUGUGUCUCACAUCAUCUGGUGAAGACAGAAUCCGGCAAGUGCUGUGAUCUACUGACAACCUUGUUGUCUGCUGAUGCGAUCCAGAUCUGCAGUGAGAUGUGUACUUGAAUAAGGUGGCAAAGGCUGGCUGCCUUUUAGCAGUGUUUCAAUGUGACAUUGUGUGCCACCAAGUGAGGACAGGAGCUGGAUAACAGAGUACCUGUUUGUUUUAAUCUGCAGAAGUACUUUCUUUUAAGAGAAAACACAACUGACCAAUUCCUCAUGUUAGUUGAUCAUUUAGGAAUUAAUUUUUUUGGUCAUCUGGCCUGCCUCAUCAGUCCCAUAGUAGCAAAUGCUUGUAUUUUUAAAAGAUAAAGAAAAUGCUGUGAGUAAACAUUCCAACAAUACCUUGAUUUCAGAGGCUUAAGCCAAAACUGAAGCAAAUUUUUAUUUUAGAUGCACCUCCCUUGGUGAGAACCAUUCCACAAUUUUUAUUUUCCUUUUUGUAAUUGUUUGGCAAUGGGAGUCACCAUCACCUUCCCCUUUAAAACAAUCUUUUUUUAAAAAUAUCAAAAAAUGUGUUUAUUCAAGUGUAUAAGAAAAUUUAAUUGUAGUUAACCAGAGUAUUUUAAGAAUAGUUGCAAGAAACGCUGAAUGUUAUACAUUCAAACCACAGGAAAAAAAGAGCUGGAAUAGGAUGGAAUAUUGCUGUUCAAUGUAUCAUGACACCUUUUUGUUUAUAUUUCUUUGAUCGUAUGUCAUCUUUUUAGAAGAAGUGUUAUCUGUGCGUUUGAUGUGAAAUUUCUUCUACUGUGAAAACAAAUUUUUAAAAAGAUACUCUGGAAUUUGUUUUCCUUCUGUCACUUUCUUUUAAUUUAAUUUGGGGAAAUGCUGGAAAUGACUUUGUUGCGCACACAAUCCCAGACCUCAGCAUUCAGCUAAAUUGUUGGUUGGUUUUGUUUUGUUUUCAUUUUCUCGUUCCGUCUGGUCUCAAUGUUUCAGACGAGUUGAAGCAAUAGAAGUAAUUGAUUUUAAACUGUGGAUUGUGCAUGAAUAGUGUCUUUAGUGUAAAAAACAAAAACCACAAAAAAAUUGGAGUUUGAAGCUUUGACCUAAAGUAUU